AUGGCUGAUGUUCCUUUCCCCGGUGGAGCUCGAGGAGCUCCAGCAUACGGCAUCGGUCAACGUCGUUCUUCCUACGCCUCCGUCGUGUCCGGCAACGCCUUCUCUCCCCCAAUUUCCAGCUCAUUUUCCCACCUGCUCAACUCUAACCCCGUCUCCUCUUACCCGCCACCUUCCCCGUCCGAGGGUCAUCUCCACCGGGCCUUGUCCGGCUUGAGUGCCGCAGAGAUGCAUCUCAACCCGGCCUCAAGGUCCACUACUUCCCCGGACUCUCUCCCAAGCUACUCCCGCAGAUACACCGGGAUCGCGCGCUCGACAGAAUUCCCACACAAUUUAGCGUUGACCGAUAGCCCGCCAUUCUUGACUCCUUCCUACCUUCGUCAUUCUCCAUACAUCUCCCGCCUCGAUGCUGCCCAUCGAGCCAAACUGGCCGCUCAACAGCGCGAUAUAUCUUCAUCGAACACUGCCUCGAAUCCUCCUCUGUCAACUUCAUCCAGCCAUGUCCACCUCCCCCGCAUGGCUCCGUCCCACCGCGGUAUGACGUAUGAUCUCAUCGAGAAAGAACCCCCAACGGUUAGCGAGCCCAGCAUUAGCCCUCUUCCUACCCAGUGGAGUUCCGUCGACAAGUAUACCGGUCUGGAGAUAUCAAACGGGGGAUUCGAUGUGCGAUAUACCGGUCCUGUGCACAAACACGAUCACGAGGCCGCGGCCUUGAGGACCGACAACCCUAUGCCACCAGAGUGCGGUAUCUACUAUUUUGAGAUCAAGAUUGAAUCCAAGCCUAAGGAAGGCAUGAUCGGAAUUGGUUUCUCCAGUACAAAGGCUUCCGUUGAGAGGCUCCCAGGUUGGGAGCAGGAAUCAUGGGCAUACCAUGGCGAUGACGGAAAGUCUUUCUAUGGUGAAAGCCAAGGGCAAGGCAAGCCGUAUGGACCUACCUUUGGUGUUGGAGAUAUUGUCGGGUGUGGGGUCAACUUCUCGACCGGCCAGGGUUUCUUCACCAGGAACGGCGUAUUCCUAGGAUAUGCAUUUCGUGAAUUGCGCAACGUCAAGCUAUAUCCAUCUGUCGGAAUGAAGAAACAACCCCCAGUGCAUUUAAAGGCGAAUUUUGGCCAGGACCCGUUCGUUUACGAUAUUGACGGCAUGGUUCGGCACGAGAAAGCUGUCAUCGAAUCCCAGAUUAGCAUGACAAGCACGGACGGCUUACAACCGCCACUAGACGAAUCAUCAUUGCUUCAGGAGUUGGUUGCUCAGUUUUUGGCUCACGAUGGCUACGUAGAAACUGCACGAGCUUUCGCUGAAGAGGUUGCGACUGAAACAGCAGCGCUGCAGAGUGGACAUGAUGAGCCUCUGAAGAAAUAUGAAGUGGAAGAGGACCAUGAAGCGAUUAACAGGAACCGAAUUCGCGCUGCGAUCCUCGAUGGCGAUAUCGACAAAGCCCUCAAACACACGAAAGCCUACUAUUCCGCUGUUUUAGAAGACCAUCCACAUAUUCUUUUUAAACUCCGGUGUCAAAAGCUACUGGAGAUGAUUCGCCGAGGUAACGAGAUGUGUGCUGCUGCGGAACUCGAAGAAGCAAAAAACCGCCGCUCUGUAUCCCCAGGGAUCGCAGAUGAGAGUGCCAUCUUUGAUCAAGACAUGGAACUCGAUGAUGGAAGCUGGGAUGCAGAUGGGAUGGAUACUGAAGAACCCGAGUCCGAGCCUGAGAUUGAGUCUUCGUCAAAAUUCAAGGUGGAGCAUUCGACUGAGGCCCUCCUGUAUGGCCGCCAACUACGCAUGGACUACCCAUCUGAUGAGGGUGGUGGGGACUUGAAGAUGCUUGAUGAUAUUGCUUCGCUACUGGCGUAUACGACCUCCAACUCUCUAAACGGCCAUUUACUAGACCCUGCUGGGCGAGCGGUUGUGGCAGAGGAAUUAAACUCAGCCAUUUUAGUCUCCCUGGGGAAGUCCUCUUCCGCUGCCCUAGAGCGGUUGUACCAGCAAACAGAGGUCCUGGUUAACGAGAUUAGUGAAGACGGCGGCGCUGGGGCGUUCAUCAAUGUUCGGGAUUACAUCAACGAUCGGAAUGACAGUUUGCUUUGA